AUGGCUCGGGCCACUCGGCUCCCCGGUGCGGCACCGCGCGCCCUCCUGCUUCCUUUGCUGCUGCUGCUGCUGAUGCUCUCGCUGCCGCCGCUGCUGGCCCGGGCCCUGCGGCCGCCGGACCCCCACCACCGCCACCUGAUGAGGAGGGGGCCACAGCCCUGGCAUGAAGCUCCUCCAAGCAGCCUGGCACCUCCCCCUGCUCUGCAGGAAGCUCCUCAGCCUUCCAGGGGCCCCAGACCUCCCCGCUGUGGCGUACCUGACCCACCUGAUGGGCUGAGUGCCCGGAACCGACAAAAGCGGUUUGUGCUGUCGGGUGGGCGCUGGGAGAAGACUGACCUCACCUACAGGAUCCUUCGAUUCCCGUGGCAGCUGUUGCGGGAGCAGGUGCGGCAGACUAUGGCAGAAGCCCUACAGGUGUGGAGCGAGGUGACACCACUAACCUUUACUGAAGUGUAUGAGGGCGACGCUGACAUUAUGAUCGACUUCACCAGGUACUCGCAUGGGGACGACCUGCCAUUUGAUGGACCUGGGGGCAUCCUGGCCCAUGCCUUCUUCCCAAAGACUCAACGAGAAGGGGAUGUCCACUUCGACUAUGAUGAGACCUGGACUAUUGGGGACAAUCAGGGCACAGACCUCCUGCAGGUGGCAGCCCACGAAUUUGGCCAUAUGCUCGGGUUACAGCAUACGACGGCUGCUAAGGCCCUUAUGUCCCCUUUCUACACCUUCCACUACCCGCCGACCCUCAGUCCAGAUGACCGCAGCGGCAUCCAGCACCUAUAUGGCCAGCCCCGGCCAGCCCCCACCUCUAGGCCUCCAGCUCUGGGCCCCCAGGCUGGGGUGGACACCAACGAGAUUGCACUACCGGAGCCAGAAGUCCCACCUGAUGCCUGCGAGGUCUCCUUUGACGCGGUAUCCACUAUCCGUGGCGAGCUCUUCUUCUUCAAGGCAGGCUUUGUGUGGCGGCUGCGUGGGGGCCAGCUGCAGCCUGGCUACCCCGCACUCGCCUCUCGCCACUGGCAGGGACUGCCCAGCCCCGUGGAUGCAGCCUUUGAGGAUGCUCAGGGCCACAUCUGGUUCUUCCAGGGGGCUCAGUAUUGGAUGUAUGAUGGUGAGAAGCCAAUUCUAGGCCCUGCACCCCUCUCUGAGCUGGGCCUGCUGGAGUCCCCGAUCCACGCAGCCUUGGUCUGGGGCCCUGAGAAGAACAAGAUCUACUUCUUCCGAGAUGGAGACUACUGGCGCUUCCACCCCAGCACCCGCCGUGUGGACAACCCCGUGCCCCGCCGGGCCACCGAUUGGCGAGGAAUACCCUCUGAGAUCGAUGCUGCCUUCCAGGAUGCUGAUGGUUACGCCUAUUUCCUGCGUGGCCGCCUCUACUGGAAGUUUGACCCUGUGAAGGUGAAGGCCCUGGAGGGCUUUCCCCGUCUUGUGGGCCCCGACUUCUUCAGCUGUAAAGAACCUGCCAACACUUUCCACUAA